CUAGCAACAACAUGAUCUGCAAUUAAUCAUGAAAACUAUUUAAACAAAAAACGAGAAAAAAAUAUCUCUAAAAUAUUUAUAAAACCAAAAAAAAACUAUAUCAACAAUUUUAUCGAAAAGCAACAUAAUCACACUGUAUAUACAAGAAACUCCCAGAAAAAAAAAACAUAUUCCAACACAUCUACAUUUACACCUUUAAACAAACAGCUUGUUAACAACAACAUAUCCUUGCAACAAAUAAGAUAUAAAAAAGUUUAAAAGUCAAUGCUAAAAAUGUCUAGCCCAGAUACGGCAAAUCCAGAAGCACCACCACCUGCAUCAGGUCCAGCUAAUGCUGAGAAUUUAGUCUACUCACCGGCAAAAUUACGACGUGUUCGUAUAAUACUAUGUGUAGUUGGUGGUAUUGUACUGUUGGCACUCUUGGGUACAGCAAUCUACUUUAUAGUAAGUGGCUCAGAAGAUGGCACGAAUAGUGGUGGUAAUGGUAAUGGAGGACCCUCGAAUGGCAUCCACUUAGAGGAUGUACUACAAGGUAAAUUAGUGGCAAGACAUUUUAAUGGCAGUUGGAGCGGCAAUAAUAUUAUCUACAAAGAGAAUAAUGCCAUUAUGGAGUAUAAUGUGUUGACGAAAAAGAGUACACGGCUGCUGUUGGACACGUUUCAACAAUAUAUAUUAUUUGAAAAAUCAGCCGAUGGCACUUAUUUGUUAUUGGCCAAAAAUUACAAAAAGAAUUUCCGUCAUAGUUUUCUGGCUGAAUAUGAUAUUUAUGAUAUUGCUACGGGCCAAGUAAAACCCUUGGAAAUACAAAAACAAACCAAACCUUUAAUAAUGGUACAAUGGGCUCCCGUUGGCAAUGCCUUGAUUAUUAACUACGAACGUAAUCUGUAUUAUAAACCUACUGCAUUUGCUGAUGAAAUCGCCUUAACCGAUGAUACAAAUGAGGCCAUUUUGAAUGGUAUACCCGAUUGGGUUUAUGAAGAGGAGGUCUUCUCUUCUAACUCCGCUGUUUGGUUUAGUCCCGAUGGCAAAAAAUUAGCCUUUAUACAGUUCGAUGAUAGUCCCACACAUGUUAUAAAUUUCCCCAUUUAUGGUGAAGCCGCUGAUCUACGUUUCCAAUAUCCCUACAAUCGUUUGGUAGCCUAUCCAAAAGCCGGUUCUCCAAAUCCUCGAGUAAAACUAUUUACUUCGGAUUUGGAUAGGGCAGCUGCGGGUAAUACGGAUCAUUUGACUGAAAUCCCUGUACCAAGUGCUCUAAAUACCGAAGGUGAUUAUAUCAUAACGGUUGUGGAUUGGUUGAAUAAUACGAAUGUCUUGUCGGUGUGGAUGAAUCGUAUACAGAAUCAGGCUCAUGUGCAGAUCUUUAAUGGUUUGAGGAGACAAAAUACCUAUAGCUUAAUCUCCAAAACCGGUUGGGUAGAUUUCUUUGCAACCCCCUUCAAAAAUCGUGAUGGCACCCGUAUUGCCUUUAUAAUGCCUCAGCCACAGGAAAACAGUGGUGAAUAUCGCCAUUUAUGUGUUUUAUCGACAGCAUCUAGUACCGGUAAACCAGAACCUUUGACUAAAGGCAAAUAUGUAGUAACCUCGAUAUUACACUGGGACCCCACAAACGAUAUUAUUUUCUAUACAGCCAAUUUACCCAAUAAACCCGAACAAUUGCAUGUCUAUGCCAUUAAAGCAGCAACUGGACAAACUGCCAAAUGUUUAACUUGUAAUCUACAUAAAUCGAAUGGUGUGGAACAAACUUAUUAUUCAGCCGAUUUUAAUACCAAACAUGAAGUUAUCAUAACUUCUUUGGGACCAAGCAUACCUCAGACCGUUGUUUAUGAAUGGUCUUAUUCGAACAAUCAAGUAAAUUUAAAUAAAAUCGUCACCUGGGAAGAUAAUGAAAACUUGAGAAAAGCUUUAAGUAAUUAUGAUUUGCCCACAAUGGAAAUACAUUCGAUACCUAUAGCCGAUGGUUUCACAGCUAAAGUUCUAUUACAACUGCCCCCCAAUAUGGAUCGUAGCGGUAAAACAAAAUAUCCCAUGUUAGUUGAUGUUUAUGGUGGUCCCGAUUCCUAUUCGGUUAUUGAUAGAUGGAUUGUGGACUGGGGUACAUAUCUUACAUCAAAUCAAUCUGUGAUCUAUGCUAAAAUCGAUGGCCGCGGUUCAGGCUUAAGAGGUGAAAAACUAUUGCAUUCCGUUUAUUUGAAAUUGGGUACCGUAGAAAUAGCUGAUCAAAUUGAUGUCACCAGACAAUUGCAAGAGAAAUUCAAUUUUAUCGAUGCCAAUCAUACCGGUAUUUGGGGUUGGAGUUAUGGUGGUUAUGCUGCUGCCAUGGCCUUGGCCAAUGAUGAAAAACAUGUAUUCCGUUGUGCCGCUUCCAUAGCUCCCGUUACCGAUUGGACUUAUUAUGAUUCCAUUUAUACUGAACGCUACAUGGGACUGCCCACCGUCAAUGAAUUGGGCUAUGCCGCCUCCCGCUUGAGUACCAAAGCAACACAAUUAAAAGGCAAAAAAUUCCUUUUGGUACAUGGUACCCUAGAUGAUAAUGUACACUAUCAACAGGCCAUGAUAUUAGCCAAGAAUUUGGAGAGACACGAUAUACUGUUCAAGCAAAUUAGUUAUCCCGAUGAGGAUCAUGCUUUAGCCGGUGUACGACCCCAUUUAUAUCAUUCUCUUGAUAGAUUCUUUGGCGAUUGUUUCGCCCAACCCCGUAUGGCCCAUAGUAAAUAGAAAACUAACAAAAGCUUAAACAAAAAAAAAAAACUAAAACAUAUAAAUUAAUCUUAACAACAACAAAAAACAUGCCAUUUUAUUAAUGAUCAAUUAUAAGAGGAGUGAUAGUUAAGCCGCCAAAAAAGAAAUUACCCCCCAAAACAAACGUAAAACAAUGCCCCCGCUUCAAAAAAAAGUAAAAAAUAUUGUACUUAUACAUACAAUACGAAAAAAAUUUAAAUAUUAUUAUUAAAUUAUUAAAAAACAACAACAACAAAAUAUUAACACAAUUAAAAAAAGCAUUUAACUUGUUAAACAUUUUAUAAAACCCGUAUAGGCAUUUGUAGUUUUUUUUAUUAGUAAACAAAAAAUUUAAAUAAAUUAAGCUUAACAAAAACAAAACAAUAAUUAUUAACAACAACAACAACAACAAAAGAAACUCCUCAUAGUAGUUGGGUGCCUAAAAGAAAUUUAGUUUUUAAUAUGAAAAAAAAAAAAAUAUUUAAAUAACAGCAACAAAACAAAAACUUCAAAUUUUAUAUUAUAAUAGUAAAUAAAAAAAAAUAACAAAU